AUGCCCGCCCUCGCGCUCGACGACCGCGAUCUUCGCGGCUCCGUCGCGCUCAGCCCCGACCGCACGCGCGCGCUCGUGCGCGAUGGCGUCCAUCUGACGCUCCGGCGCGCCGCGCGCGUCGACGAACGCGUCGGGAAGGCGAUACAGUUUGAAAGCACAAUCGCGUCUGUCGCUUGGCACGCGACGCGCGACGUCUGCGCGGUGGUCCUCGACGACGGCACCGCGUGCGUCGUCACCGUCGACGACCGCGGGUUGACGCUCGAGCGCGUCGCGCGCGGCAUCGGGGCGUGCUCGCGGGCGUUCCGCGCGGGCGACGGCGCGCUCGCGUUCGCCGGCGACGGCGACGCGUCGACGACGAUGCUCGACGACCGAGACGGAUUCGACUUCGUUCGAAUCGCGCACGCGAGGAAGAGUAGCUCCAGAUUUAGCGCGCACGCGCGGUCGCGAGAUGGACGGUGGAUGGCGUUCGUGACGCGCGACGACGAAGCGCGCGAACGCGUGGAGGUGUUCUCGGCGACGGCGCCGUACGAAGGCGCGAUCUCGUUUCGCUUGCCUCCGGGCUUCGAUGCGCAGAUGAUCGAGUUUGGCGGCGCAGGGGGGCAGGAGAUUCUAAUUUAUGACGAUUCGUGCGCGGUGGAGGCGCGACCGGCGCUGGAGAUUUUUUCGGCCGAAGGCCUCCGGCGAGCGACGAUUCGAGGCGCGUCGGCGCCGAGCGUUCGGGCGAAGGAUGGACGUCUCAUCGUCACGUGCGUGUCGAACGAGGCCCUUUUAUGGAUCGAUGAAUUGACUUGGCGGAUCACGCGCGCGCUCACGCACCCGCUGACGUGCGACGCGACGGCAUCGACGAGAAUUUUCCGCGAGUCUCAGCGCGGAGACGGAUACGAAAAAGUCGCGCGGUUUGAACAGAAAACUUUGGCGUGCGACGCGCGAGGUAUCGAACGAGCGGGCGUGCGACUGGCGCUGAGUUCGUGUAAGACGAUGCUCGCGACUCUGUGCGCGAGCCACAACGACAAGGUUUUAUUUCUAUGGCCGGCGUCCGGGAACGACGCCGACGACGGAGCUCCGCUCGCCGUCUUCGUUCACAGAAAACCAAUCAUCGACUUCAGGUGGUUCGAAGACGACGACCUGGACGAGGACUUCUACGCGUCCGACAUCGCGAGCGUGCGGUUGCUGCGACGAGGGGACGAUCCGAUUGAAGAGUUCGGCGGCGCGAGCCGACGCGCGGGCGGGGUCGAGCUGACGCAGAGCGGAUGGUCGACGAUAUACGUCGGCCGAGCGCGCGUGCGCGCGGGAGAGGAGAUCGGGUUCGGGCUGGUGAACGCGCGAGGCGAGACCAUCUUCGAACUGGGGCACAACAAGCGGUUUCCGGCGACGGGCGAACUCGCGAACGCGACGUGCCUGGCAAACGUCCCCGCGGGCGGGGGCGCGUACAGAAAUCGCGUGAUUCCGAAAAGGUCGAGCAUGCGGCUCGUCGACGGCGUGCGUCGAUUCGAGACGACGUGGGCUGGAUGUCUCGAGCGGUGCCCGCUGACGGUGAAGCUCAUCGCGUGCACCGGUCCGGCGACCGGCGACGCGGACAACGUCUGGGGAAUCGAAGAAUCGGUGGCGAAAACUGAUGUCUGGCGUAACUACAAAGGUCACUUUACCUCGGUGAGUUCGGGAGAGUUCAACACGUGGGGUUUAAAUACCGUGACUGGAACUCUCGCCUGGACGCGUAACGCCGACCUCAAUCAGUUCUCUCGCGAUAACUGGAAUACGGCAACCAACAAUCCCGUAGCCAACGGCGUCGCCCAAGGCACCAUGGUUGACUUUGACGCGGGCUACGAUGCGCUCAUCGGAGUCACGGACACGAGUAUACACACCUCCGGCGGAUACAUGUGGAGUCGUCCCGUCGACGGCUCGGGCGAUUGGGGUUUCGCCGAUGACGGCGGCGGAAAAGGUGUCCAAGUGACCAUCGGUCGCACGCACCACUUUCACAUGAACAAGCAACACAAUAUGUGGAGCGCGGAACUGCCUAAUGGCGGAUGGGUUCGUCAACACGUAAAAACCGUCAAGCAGGUCGAAGUCGGCGAUUCGGACGCGUUCGUCGUAUACCAAGAUGGAAGGACGCUGAAACGAAAAGCCUCGGACAUGACCGGCGACUGGUCCACAAUCUCCAUUCCGAGUGCGCUCUCGACCGCAACGAUCAGUCAAAUCACCGUCGGCGCCACCGCGCUCUGGCUUCUCGACGGCAACGGCAAUCUCUGGGGCUGUGACCUUCCUUGCAGAGACAGCGGUGGCUUCGUUCGCGCCGCCAACGCGCCCGCGAACAUCAUCUCCAUCGACGCCGGCAAGGUGAUCCACAACGUCCCGAACUAG